AUUCUUUCUCUCUUUUUCACCCGCAGUCUGCAUCGUCUCGCUUUCUGUGAUCUCGCUGUCUGGCAUUCAAAAAGCAUCUGACCAAAAUUUGCCUCGCCGAGAAGAAGAGAGAGAGAGAGAGAGAGAUUUGCCGAAAAAAGGGAUACAUUUGUUAAAAAAGAGAAUAGGAUCCUUCCCUGGGAAGCCAGCGGAUGAGCUCCGAGGUAGGGGCGGGGAUGCAGAUGUGGGAGAGGCUGCUCUUCUUGGAUCCUCCUAGAUAGCAAAACUUAAUCGACGAGAUGAAGGGCUAUGCGGCGGCGGCAGGAUCUAGUACAAAGCAGCGGCGAUGGAAAUGGCUUGCCCUGGCCGUCCUCAUGCUUGUCUUCUUCUCGAUGCUCGUCCCUCUAUCCUUCCUUCUCGGCCUCCACAACGGCUUCCCCGUCGGAUGGUUGAGUGAUGAGAGCUCACCGUUGGAUUCCUUUGAAUUUGAUGGCAAUGGUAUCAUAGAGAAGAAUUCAUCAAAGGGUGAUUCCAGGGUCGAGCAAAUGUUGAGGAAUUUUACACCAUCUUUGCCAGAGGAAAUUGUUCAAGACAUAGCUGAAGGCGGUGAUAUGAAAUUAAAUUACUCCAAAAGAAAUGAGGUUAGUGAACAACUUACUUCAGGAUUAACAGGCGUUGCAUCCCACCCAGAAUCAGAAGUUCUGACUGAAGACCUACCUAAACCAUCAGGUGUUGAUUCAAAAAUGCACCCAGCUCUGGAUACUAAGCUAGGUGCCAGAGUUGGAGUGAAACUUUCUGACGUUUCAAAUUUUGCCGGAGCUCAGAAAUCUUGCGAGCUUGAAUUUGGGAGCUACUGUCUUUGGUCCAAAGAACACAAAGAGACAAUGAAAGAUGCUAUAGUCAAGAGACUUAAAGAUCAACUUUUUGUUGCCAGAGCUUACUAUCCAAGCAUUGCUAAACUUCAAGGACAGGAGAAUCUAGCACGUGAAAUGAAGCAGAAUAUUCAAGAACAUGAGCGCAUACUCAGUGAAGCCAUUUCAGAUGCUGAUCUUCCACCAUUCGUUCCAGAGAAAAUUCAGAAGAUGGAAGAGACAGUUGCAAAAGCAAAUGGAUGUACUGUUGAAUGCAGCAAUGUUGAGAGGAAACUGAGACAGAUAUUUGAUCUGACUGUGGAUGAAACUCAUUUCCAUAUGAAGCAGAGUGCAUUCCUGUAUCAUCUUGGCGUCCAGACCAUGCCUAAAAGCCUGCACUGUUUGUCAAUGAGAUUAACAGUAGAGUACUUUAGAGAGCGCCCAUUGGAUGUUGAUACUUCUCAUGCUUACAAGGUCAAUGAUCCAAGUUUACGGCAUUAUGUUAUAUUUUCUCAAGACGUACUAGCAGUAUCUGUUACCAUCAACUCCAUUGUCACGAGUUCAAUGGACACUGCUGACGUGGUUUUCCAUUUGCUAACUGAUAGACAGAAUUUCUAUGCUAUGAGGUUCUGGUUUGCUAGAAAUUCUUACAGGGACGCGGUCAUCCGUGUCCUUAAUAUUGAAGAUCUUAAUCUGAGCAACUUGAUUGAUUUUGGUGUGACGCAACUCUCUCCCUCGGAAGAAUUCCGGGUGUCCAUUCAUAAUUUUGACGAGCCACAGCUCUUGCAUAUGAGAACAGAAUAUCUAUCUAUUUUUGGCCACUCGCACUUCCUCCUACCUGAAAUAUUUAAGAAUCUGAAGAAGGUAAUGGUUUUAGAAGACGAUAUGAUAGUGCAGCACGACUUAUCAACUUUAUGGAAUACUGAUUUGGAAGGCAAAGUGAAUGCUGCUGUUAACUUCUGCAAAGUACGAUUUGGUCAUCUUGAAACAUUUCUAGGGGGAAACAUAAAUGAUAGGAGUUCCUGUCUGUGGAUGUCUGGAUUGAAUAUCAUUGAUUUGGACAAGUGGAGAGAACAUAAUCUUACGGGAAUAUAUCUAAAACUGCUCAACCGGUUUCAUAAUGGAAGCGAGGCAACCUGGAGGACUUCAGCACUCUCAGCAAGCUUGUUAGCAUUUCAAGAUCGUAUCUUUUCUCUUGACAGCUCCUUGGUUAUCUCCGGACUUGGUCACGACUACAGUAUUAAUGAAGACAUGAUAAAAAAUGCUGUUGCUCUUCACUAUAAUGGAAACAUGAAGCCUUGGCUUGAUUUAGGCAUUCCCACAUACAAGAAGUACUGGAAGAAGUUCUUAACGCAAGGAGAGCGGUUUAUGGAUGAAUGCAAUGUCCUCCAUUAGUGCUUCUUUCGCAUCUGAAAUGAUAAUUUUUGAGUCGCAUUUGGCUCAAAUUUGAUGCAGAAUGAGUACCUCAAUGGGACUGGGGAUUCUGCCCCAAUAAAUUUAUGAUAGAGCUUGCUUGAUUAUUUUUUAAGAUGAAGGUUCGGCUUUCUUAUUGCUUCUUAAAUCAGCUUUUUAGUAAAAAAAAAUAAAGUUUUUGUACUAAAAAAUUGUUUUAAGAAGCAGUAAGAAAGUUGCCCCAAACGAAACAGAUCUGGCAGGAGGCUGGAGAAGAAGGGGGUGGUAGAGCUGAUCCUGUAUUUGUUGCCGGUUAGCUAAGUCAUUACAUUUGAUUGAAUCAUUUAUUUGUGAUAUACCAUUUCAUUAGUUCUUGAUUGGCACCUCUAAACAUGAUGGUGCCAUCUUAUUGAAACCAAUGUAGAUUGAAUUUAUGUGGUCUCUAUUGUCAAUUUCUACACUUUUCGUUA